CCCUCAUAAAUUUCUAGGUCAUUAUAUUCCCUGGGUCGUGUCUGUCCACGCAGAGGUUGAAAAGAUUUAACCAUUGGAUCAUUGUCUUGGAUAUUUUCAAUCCCCAAAUAUAAUGAUACUCCAGGAAGUUUUUUUUUAAGUUUUUACUGUAUGUACAUAGUGAAAAUCAGUUACCCCUGGUAUGCAGCCUAUUUUGACUCUAGGGCUAUAAUUUGAACAAUCUCAAUGCCUUAUGUAAUAAUUUCUAAGACUUAGACUGUGUGAGUCUUUACAAGAAGGUUUUUUUUUAUUUAUUAUUCUUUUCAUUCCUUUUGGUUGCCAUGAUGGCAACCAGAUUUCUGUAUGGAAUCAAAUUAUUUGAACAACUUUGGAAGCCCUUCACUCAAGUUGAAGGAUUUUUAGCCGAGUUACUGCUCUAAAAUAAAAAAUGUGUUUUGCCCUAUUAAUGAUUUUUAGGUCUCCUGCUUUACCAUAGCUACAACAUGCAAUUUGCUGUCAUGAGGUGACACAUUUCAUUACUGAUGGACCUUGUAUUUGAAAAGGGAGUGAAGUGCAAUUCAGGAACAGCAGCCCUCAGUUUUAAAUGGUCUUAGAGGGCAAGAAAUGUGUCUGAAUCUUAGUAUUAGAAACACUUAAUGCAUAUUUAAAUUAUUUGACACUAGAAAUAAUACUUAAAAUUUCAAAUUUUUGCGCUCCCAAUAUCUACUUAUUAUCUUCAAUAAGAUUAAACAAUUGAAGAGAUCAAUAUGUAAAAGAGUGGCGGCGUGGCCGAGUGGUUAACGCGUCGGACUAGUAAUCGAGGGAUCGCUAGCUGCGUGGGUUCAAAACCCAGACAGGGCUAAGCCGUUGUUUCUUUGAGCAAGAAACUUAACACUCAUUGCUCAGUACUGGUUGGUUCCAGGAACGGAUUCGAGAGUGUGUCUAUAAGCUUAUAGCUUCCUACACAAUCGAACUAAAAUAACUUGUGUAUAAACUAAUAUGUAAUAGUUGAAAAAUAAGCCACAGAAUUCAAAAUUUGUAUGAUCAUUGUAUAUGCUGUGUAUAUGAAGAAGUCCUACAUGCAUGUAUAUUGCAUUUUUUUUACAGAAUAAAAUCCAAAGUAAGAUUAAGUCAGGUUAAUUUGUAAAUUGUUAAAAGUUGUUAGAAAUUAUAGGGUUCGACACUAACACAGUCCCAAGAUCCCGAGGGGACACCAAAAAUUGCCAAGGUUUCCUUAACUUCAAAUUCAGAAGUUCCAUUAGGACUAUGAUAAUUAAAGAGAAAUCAUCAAAAUGAGUGAUAUCUAUUAUUGUGCAACAUAUAAUUUAUCAACACAUUUUAAAUAUCCUUCAUAAUUUGACACUGAAAAUGAAAAUAGUGCAACAGGUCUAUUUAAUUUAUGGUACUGUACCAUAACCCUGCUUGAAAAAUUAACUUUCCUUUGAUUUGACUUGUCUUGAUUAUAUUAUUUAACAGUAAGUAUAGUGUCUUUAUAAUUAGUCCUAUGCAUUGAAAGAAAUAAUUUUUAUAAUCAGUCCUAUUCAUUGAAAGAAAGUUAAGUUACAAUUUUAGUUUGUUAAAUUUUAAAACAAUUUUACUAUGGUUUUUUAAAAUUUAAAGUAAUAAUGAUUUAAGGGACUUGGGACUUCCGAUUUCCACAGCAGAAGUUCCGUAGGGAUUCUUGGCUGAAAAAUAGGGCAAAAAAAUAUAUGUCAGGUUCAGGGAACAUGACCGACUCUAGUUUUUUAAUGCCGACCCUAAACUUUUUUUUGACUCAGUACGAAUUUUUUUGGGUACAUAAUUUUUUUGAGUACAAAAAAUUUAAAAGGUUUAAAAUUUUUGAGAACUAAGAUCAUUGAUGUUACCCUCCUAAUUUUUUGGACCAAUAUUACCUGAACCAGACAUAAUUUUUUUGGCCUUAGUGUCAAACUCUAAAUUUUUAGUUGUUAUUUUAUCACAGGGAAUUGGCAUAUUUUUUGGGCAGUGUAAAAGUUCCAGCCAUAAAAAAAAUCAUACCUUUUGUGGGCCAAGUAAAAUCAGUUAACCAGCUAUCUUUUAAAAAUGAAUGUGCUAAUUGUCAAAUUCUUUGUCACUAUGCACAUUUGACUAAAGCUUUUGAGAUUUUUUUCAGACAUUACCAAAACUUUGUCAAUUUUAUAUCAAAACAAUUUUCAACGAAACAUCAAAUAUAUAAUACUGUGCAUUUUUUACUAGGGCAUUGGUCAGUUUCCUCUAUACGACCAAUCACCAAGCUUGUUUUGUAAUAGGAGUGAGAGGCCUCAUAUGGGGUGAAAAAGCAUUGUAUAGUAUCAAUUUAUUUGUGCUGACGGAGAUGGUGUACGAAUAAAAUUUAUGCAUUUUAAACACGGAUUAAACAACAUCGGGAAAAAUGAAUGUUCACACUCAAGUAUGGUGAGAAUAUCUGCAUUAAGCCUUUUUUCUUGGCUCAGAAUUUCACUUGUCCACUAAGCAAAAAAUUUGUUGAGCCAGCAAAAAGUCCAGAGUCAGUUUAGUUGGGCAUAAUCAGUGUUUCUUCCAGCCCCAAUUUUUUAGGGGUCAUUUUUGACCCCCUACAUUAGAUUUUAGGGGUCAGUGGAAAUUUUUUAGGUUAUGUGUAACCUGUAAUGAAAACCAAUGCAGUUCAACAUAUUUAUGUACAUUUUAAGAUGCAAAGGAAAACUGAAUAUGCCUUAGAGUUUAAACAUUUACUCUUCUUAUUUUUUUCAUAACAUCAAAAAAUAUAAUAAUAACAAUUGAUGCAUACCAAAAAGUUUCAUUCUGGACAAAGUAAAAGGCCAGUAUUAAUAGCCACAUCCACUAGAAUUCAAUCAACCAUUGAUAAAUUAAGUGGGAAAAAAAUGUUGCAUAAAAAUCAUCCGUAGGUUCUCCAUAAAUGGUGAAAAUUGCAUUGAAAGUACUCCAGAUUGCUCCUAUUACAACUGUCAUCGCAUUACACCUGUCACUUGUAUCAGCGAGUUUAUAAUUGUUAACACGUUUGCAUCAUGUUCAUUGCGUCAUACAUGAAAAAAAGCGCCAAAAACGCGCUCUGGAAGAAACACUGCAUAAUAAUUCCGCAAUUGCUGGAGACUCCUACAUUGCUUACAAUUAUUUUCAUUAUCUGUUGCAUCUGUUUUUGUUUCUUUACCUCCUAUCCCUAUGUUUUUAGCUUAAGCUGCAAAACAGACUGCUUCUUAAAUGUAAAUAUUGUUUUUGCUUCAGUUUCUUUAGAAUUUACCAUUUUGCAAAAUUAGGCAUGAAGUUUUAAAUAAUGAGGUUAAAUAAACUUUAAACAGCUACAUAAAUGUUCAUACUCAGUUUUAAGUCAAAAAGUUUUUUUCCAAUUGCUCAUUAUUUUUCGUGAUUUACAGUAACAUGAUUUCAUGACAGCAGAAGUUUCCAAGUCAAAUUUAAUGUUUGAUACUGUUAAGAAAUACUUUAUUUGCUAGUAAAGGAAAUAAGGAACUGAUGUACUCAAAAUCAUGUAGUGUUGAUAGGGCUGUCAUUGGUGGAAAAGUUUGUAUCAACAUAUCAAAAGACAAAUAUUGAUGAUAUAUCAACUUUGACAAUGAAAAAACAUAUAAAUAUGAGUAAUAAAUUGUCAUCAUGGUCUUAUGCAUGCUUAUAUUAGACAUAUUAGACAUUACAAAUACUACAAACAAACAGCAAGAUCUUCUGUUUUUUUUUGUCACUGACACCUGAAAAUGGAAUUAAGAGUUCAAGCUAGCUGUUGAAACCUAGUAGAAGUGACUUCUCUUAUAAGGUGAAAUAGAAAGGUAUAUUCACACGGAUCAAUAUUUGAAAUUGUGUAUCAAUAUUGCAAUAUGACAGCCCUAAGUGUUGAUAUAUACAUUUUGCCCAUUUUUAUGCUCCCUGAAAAUUUUUUCGGGGGAGCAUAUAGUCGCCAGGUUGUCUGUCCGUCCGUCCGUACGUACGUCCCGAAUUCGUGUCCGGCUCAUAACUUUGUUUCUUGAAGUCGGAUUUUAAAAAUAUUUCACAUAAAUGAUCACCAUAUUGAGACGACGUGUCGCACACAACAUUUGGGUCGCUACCUUGAAGGUCAAGGUCACGGCAUGACCUUGCAGCAUAAUCAUGUCCGGCCCAUAACUUUGUUGUUUGAAGUCGGAUUUUAGAACUAUUUCACAGAAAUGAUCAUCAUAUUGAGACGAAGUGUCACAAGCAACAUUUGGGUGGCUACCUUCAAGGUCAAGGUCACAGCAUGACCUUGCAACAAAAUCAUGUCCAGCCCAUAACUUCGUUAUUUGAAGUCAGAUUUAACAACUAUUUCACUGAAAUGAUCACCAUAUUGAGUUGACGUGUCCCGCACAACAUUUGGGUCACUACCUUGAAGGUCAAGGUCACAGCAUGACCUUGCAGCAAAAUCGUGUCCGGCCCAUAACUUUGUUAUUUGAAGUUGGAUUUUAUAACUAUUUCACAGAAAUGAUCACCAUGUUGAGACAAUGUGUCGGGUGGUACAUUUGGGUCGCUACCUUGAAGGUCAAGGUCGCAGUAUGACCUUGCAGCAAAAUCGUGUCUGGUCCAUAACUUUGUUAUUUGAAGUCGGAUUUUAUAACUAUUUCACAGAAAUGAUCACCAUAUUGAGACGAUGUUUUGUGCACAACAUUUGGGUCGCUACCUUGAAGGUCAUGGUCACAGCAUGACCUUGAAGCAAAAUAGUGUCCGGCCAAUAACUUUUUUAUUUGAAGUCGGAUUUUACAACUAUUUCACAGAAAUAAUCACCAUAUUGAGACAAUGUGUCACGUGCAACAUUUGGGUCACUACCAUUCUCAAAAUUCACCUCAAUAAUUAUACAACUAACCUUUUUUGUGAAAAAGUACCCAUUCGGGGAGCAUCACCCAUCUUUGAUGGUCUCUUGUUAUACCCUGGUAUAAUGAAUUUUUCUUACAUUUUCUCAACUAAUGGUUCAAUUUCAGUGCGAAGAGUAUUUUGAGGCAGCUUUUGUUGUUCUAACAAAGUUUAAAAAAAUGCAUUGUUUUCCAGCAAACCCAGAAAGUUCCUUCAACAAAGGCUUUGAAGAAACCAAUACAAAAAUUGCAGAAGAUACUUCAUGUCAUGACCCUAACACUGAAGAAUAUUCUCUUGACAAAUGUGAUAAUGUCUUAUGUGACAUUGAUCCUGGUGGUGAUGCGGUCCACACAACUUCUACUCCAGAAGGAGCAUUUGCAAAUACAGAAAGAUGUUUCGACAAAGGUCUUGAAGAAAACAUUACAAAAAUUGUAGAAGAAACUUCAUGUUAUGACCCCUGCACUGAAGAAUAUUACCUUGAUGAAUGUCAUAAUGUCUUAUGUGACAGUGAUCCUGGUGAUGAUGCUGUCCACACAACUUCUACUCCUAAAGUAGCAACUGCAAAGGAAGAAAGUUCCUUCGACAAAGGGUUUGAAGAAACCAAUACUAAAAUUGAAGAAGAAACUCCCUGUCAUGACCCAAAAACUGAAGAAUAUUCUCUUGACAAAUGUGAGAAUGUCUUAUGUGACAGUGUUCCUUGUGGUGAUGCGGUCCACACAACUUCUACUCCAGAAGUAGCAACUGCUAAGGAAGAAAGAUGUUUCUACAAAGGUCUUGAAGAAAACAUUACAAAAAUUGUGGAAGAAACUUCAUGUCAUGACCCCUGCACUGAAGAAUAUUACCUUGAAGAAUGUCAUGUUGUCUUAUAUGACAGUGAUCCUGGUGGUGAUGCUGUCCACACAACUUCUACUCCUAAAGUAGCAACUGGUAUGUAAUGUUUGAUUUCAGCUUCUCAAAACUCACUUGUAAUGAGGUGCUACGUAGGGAGUGUGUUGAAAUGUUAAUUAGAGGUGCUACAUUUUAGGUCAGUCUAAGUACUUGAUGAAAGAUAAUGUUCAAAUGAAACAGUCCUAGAUUAAAUCUUGCAACACAGUUCAGAAUAUUUUAAUGUAACUUAAUAUCAUAUGCAUCAUAGACUAAUAAAAGGAAACUUACUGUAUUUUUGCCAACUGCAGUGAUGUAUAAUAAGGAAACAGGAUUUUUAGCUUAACUACUUAUAAAAUAUUUGAACUUUGCAGUCACCCAUUUGUCGGUGUAGGCGUCCCUCCAUAACAACUGAAGGGAAUGGAUUGAAACUUCACAUAGUUGUUCUCUGUG